AUGGCUUCUUCUUCUUCUGCUACCUCUUUGCGACAAGGUUCAUCCGGAGCCUCGUCCCGUCAUUCACAUCCACAGUCUACUUCGCUCUCGAGACACUCAAACUCAAACUCAUCAUCACGCAAUGUCGACUCCAACGCGCCGUCCAUCUCCAUCGAAACUCUCGUCACUCAUCUCUUGGUCGCUAAACGAUCGCUUUCUUCCAUGACUUUGGUCUUGCGCGCAAACGAAAUCGCAAACGCUGCGCGGCAGUCCCAUGAGGAUGUCGCUAUACUAGCUGCCCAGGCGGGCUUUCUGAAAGAGUCUAUACUUGAUCAGACUACGAUACUUGUUAGGGUGAGGAGGAGUCUGCAAGGUACUUAUGAUUGGGGGAAGAGAGACUUUAAAAAGCUUCUCAGGUCGAUGGACUUGGUUGAUGGAGGGCUGGAACAUACCAUGGAGAUGCUCCGUGAUACGAGCGUCGAAGGUGUCUUUCGUCCAGACGGUGAAGAGAGACGGAGUCUUCUUGACUUUAUCGAUGAAGGAGGUGUUCACGGCGUUAGAGAGGCUAUGAAGAAAAGUAUCCAAGAGCUACAGUCUUUCGACGGCGAUUUACUCCGCUUCGACACCGACAUUCGCAAUCUCAAAAAGAUCAUCACCGAUACCCCGACCUUGUCCCACGAUGACACCCACAUACCCACAUUUGAGCUCCUCGAAAGCCUGGUUGACCACUCAGCCAACAUGGCGCAGCUACUUGUUUCGUUGACGCACCACUUCGACAUGUGCGUCACAGCGAUCCGAACAACAGAAGGCGGUGUCGCUCUCGCGCGUCGUAGAGCCGCAGAAGCAACACAGUCCCAAGGAAAUGACGGCGUGUCCAUUUCUGGGGUCAUCGCCGAGCAGGAAUCCAACGUAUCCGAUCUCGAACCAAACACUGCUAAAGACCGUGCCGAGAUGUUGAAGGUGGUUGUCCAGGAUGCGGGCGAGGUGGAAGAUGUGGUUCAGGAAAUACAGGAACGCCUCACGGCAAUGGAACAGGAUUACCUAGUGCUGCAGGAACAGCACGAUAUUUCGAAACAGGCAUAUACAAAUAUGCUCGAAGCAUAUGCAGUCCUCGGCGAAAUCGGGGAUCGACUUGCAGACUACCUCGCUGCGGAAGGAGACUUUAAAUCACGAUGGGAUAUGGAAAAGGAGAGUGUAUUCUCCAAGUUACAGGAGAUGCAACAACUCAAGGAAUUUUAUGAGAGGUACGCAAGUGCGUACGACAGUCUCAUCCUCGAAGUCGAGCGUCGACGCGCAGUAGACGAUCGCGUCAAGAGUAUAUGGCGCAAAGCCCAAGAAAACGUCGAUAAACUUCUCGACGCUGAUGGUGCAUCCCGCGAGACGUUUAGACAAGAUGUAGGAGAGUACCUCCCCACGGAUCUAUGGGCUGGGAUGCAAGGGUCUGCGAAGAAGUGGGCUGUCGUGCCCGAUGGUGAAGGGGAGGAUAUUCAGGGUCCUGCGCUGAGGAAGAGUGUUGUUGAAGCUGCGAGGGAGAGACUUGCACGGGUGGAAAGGAGGUAG